ACUGCGCACUCUUUUUACUUCGUACAUCUGAUACUGUACUGUGUGUCGUACUGUGUGUCGUACUGUGUGUAACACUGGCUGCUUGUUGUUCUGCGGCUGUUCCUAUGAAACAGGAAGGAAUUAUACAAACUAAACCUUCUUAUGGGAUGGCGUCUGCUGAUCUGAGAGAAGAUUUGAGCUGCUCCAUCUGCCUGAGCAUUUAUACUGAGCCUGUAAUGUUGCCAUGUGGGCACAACUUCUGCCAGGGCUGCAUUGUGAAGGUGCUGGAGACCCAGGAGGGAUCUGGGGGUUACACCUGCCCUGAAUGCAGAGAGGAGUAUGAGGAGCGCCCCGCCCUGCACAGGAACCGGACUCUGGGGAACAUAGCAGAGAAAUGUAGUCUUGCUCAGCCGGAACCGGGGAAGACUGAGAUCCUCUGCACUUACUGUGACUCUCCUGUACCUGCUGUUAAAUCCUGUCUACAGUGUGAGACCUCCCUGUGUAAUGGUCACUUACAGAAGCACAACAAGUCUGUCCAACACACCUUAACUGAGCCCACCUGUUCCUUCAUGGACCAAAAAUGCUCCAUCCACAGUGAAAUCUUCAGGUAUCACUGCUGUGAGGACUCUGUCUGUAUCUGUGUGUCCUGCUGUCUGGCCGGAGAGCACAGGGGCCACAGGGUGGAGCUGCUGAGUGAGGCCUCUGAGAAGAAGAAAGAGAAACUUGGGAAAGUUUUGGAGAAACUGACCCUGGAGCGAGAGGAGGCUGAGAGAGAAGUCCAGGGGCUGCAGGAGGACCUCAAAGAAAAAGGAGCAGGUGAGACUGAGAGAGUCACUGUCCUGUUUAGAGACAUCAGGAAAUGGGUGGAUUCCCUUGAGAAGCAAAUGCUGGAUGUGCUCUCCAGGCAGAAAGAGAAACUUUCCCGUGAUCUCUGCGACGUAAUCCAGAAUCUGGAAAUAAAGCAGGACGAGCUGUCCGGCAAGAUCCGUCACAUUGAGGAGCUGUGCAACAUGGCAGAUCCACUCGUUGUCCUACAGGAACGGGAAUCCCACGGAGCUGCAUUCUGUGGGGCGGAGGCGGCGGAUGAUACAAAGGUCCCUUCUGUACGGGAUCUGGACAAGGGACUGAUCUCAGAUACAUUAGUAACAGGCUUAGCUGAGAUUAUGCGGGAGGUAAGGGCAAGAGUUUAUGGGCAGGAGGCUAAAAAUGUCUUACUGGAUAUCAGCACAGCCGGUCAAUUUGUCUCUGUAUCUCAGAACAAGAAAACUGCGUCGGAAUCAGACAUUGCCCUUUACCCAGACUCCCCGGAUAGGUUUAAGGAAUAUAACCAAGUUUUAUGUAACCGAAGUUUCAAAUCAGGGCAACAUUACUGGGAGGUGGAGGGCAGUACAUUGGGGGAUUGGGAUAUAGGGGUGGCCUAUCCCAGUAUAAAGAGAGAUGGAGAAGAGUCGGGUAUUGGCAAUAAUAUGCAUUCCUGGAGUUUGUGCAAAUGUGCUGAUACAUUUUAUAUAUCGCAUAACUUUAGUGAAAUUCCUGUAUCCCCCUCCUGCCACAAAUAUAGAAUCUCGCUGGACUAUGAGGCCGGACUUUUGUCCUUCUAUGAGCUGAGUAAACCAGUGAGACACUUGUACACCUUCACUGCCUCCUUCACUGAACCCCUGCACCCAGUUUUCUGUGUGGGUGACCAAGGCUGGGUGAGAAUUUGCAAAUAAUCCCACGAUUUUCUGUACAUUUCCAGCUCCUCCUCUAAUGCAUAUUAUGCCUGGACGUGUACAGGUUGGUGCAGACACGCGUGUGCUGAGGAACAUGGGAACAGCAAUACUGAGGGGCUUCUGUUGUUACAGGGAAACCUCUUGUCCAACCAGAAUGUUCAUUUAGUUUCAUUUUAUAUGUAGUGUGUCACAAAUAUGUAUGUGUGUGUGUGUGUGGGAGUUGCAGGAAUAUGUUCCCAGAAUCUGUAUCCCUGCUGCUGUUCAACUACAAUGCCCACCAUCUCUAUUAGUAGUAGGGCGAUACAGAGAAAAUAUUUCUUGUGUUAAAGCGUUUAUCUGUUAAUUCUGCAAAAAACGUCUUAUUUUAUAUGAGCGAGAACUAAUGAUCUAGUUCUGUAAAGGAGCCAUCAAUGACACUGGCCUCCUAUUUAUGCCUAUACAUGAGCGUGAGCUGCCCAACUGCUUGCGUGAGACUUAUUGUGUACAGCAUGGGGACCACUAGAUGGUGCAUUAAAGGAAAACUAUACCCCCCCCAAACAAUGUAGAUCUUUAUAAAAAUAUGUUGCAUAAAACCGCUCAUAUGUUAAACCCUGCUUCAUUUAAAUAAACCAUUUUUAUACUUUAA